GCUCUUUCAGCUUCAGGUUAAAUGUUAGAUGUAUGACAUCUGCCAAAAUUUGGUUAAUAUUUAAUAUAUUAAAAACGCUGUAAAAUGAUAUCGUCUUCACUUAGAAAAAUUAUACCUAAAAGAUAUUUUGGACAGGUUAGAUUUACCUCCGACAAAAAGCAAGAAUUACCUAAUAAUCCAUUAAAAGAAAUAUAUAGUGCUAGUUUUCAACCAGAUAAUGGCUCUAUAUAUGACAAGAAACCUUUCAAAAUGUAUCUCGAAGAGGGCAAAAAGUACGGUUGGUGUCUUUGUGGAAAGUCGAAGACUCAACCUAUGUGUGAUGGAACUCAUAAAAACAUAUUUUUGAAAAUUAAAAUUAGGCCUGUACACUUUAAAGUAGAGAAAUCUGGAGACUAUUGGCUGUGUAAUUGUAAACAAACAGGUAAUAGGCCAUUCUGUGAUGGAACUCAUAAAGAAGCCAGAAUUCAAGAAGCUAUUAAGUGAAUGUUGUAUAAAUUAUGUGUACAUAUAUUUCAAUGUAAUUUUUCAUUAUUAGUUUAUAAUAUAGUUAUAAUAAAUAUAGAAGUAU